AUUAAAGUUAAGCUUCAUAACAUGUUACUCACAGUUAAAUUAAGAGGGGACGGCAGUAAAAACUCCGGACCUGUGACAUCAUCACGUACGCUGGUGUUCCAAUUGUACAUAUCGCGAGUCCGUGCUCGCGUUCUCGGCGGGUACGUACUCCCGUGCGUUCUCGGCGAGUACGUACUCACCGAGAACGCGAGUACGUACUCGCGUACUUGGGCAUUGAUAAACGGCCGAAGUGUACACCGGGCCACACUUCAAAUUUGGGGCAAUCGACGGCGCAUUUGGAGUACACUUCGGAUUGGGACAGCCGUCGUCGCGUCGCUGUGACGUAAUAGGUCUCAAAAUGCGUACUCCGAAGCGUGCGGUCGCUGGAUUGGGACACAGCCUGAGCAACACUCAACUCCUGAUGACCUUGUGCAAUUUGCCUACCUCACCGGUCCUGUCCGUGUUUCAGGGAUAAUAUAUGGUCUUUGGCCCCCUCUAGUGGUAGUUGCGGUCAAUUGAACUCGGAUCAGGUGGAAAGUCAGCUGACUUUUGCACAAGCAGGAAGGGGAAGUCGCAGACUAGUCAUGUCAAACAGUUAAUAUAUUUUUGUGCGUUUCUUUUAUUUAAUAGACGAAGGCUUCAAACUUUUAAAAAAUGUUCGUUGGGGAUGAUGAGGACGGAGACUUCUUGUCUCCCACAGGAGGGGCCAAGCUGGCUUCCCUGUUUGGAUUAGACCAGGAAACCAGUCAGGGGAAUGAGUCAUUCCAGUACACAGCCCCCAAACAGCCUAGAAAGAGCUCCAACCAAGCUCCAUCCAAUCAGAAGCCAGCUCCACAACCUGGAGCUCCAGCAGUAUUAUUUGCAACAGCAGUCCAAGCCUUCAGAUAUAUUAAUGGACAGUACAUGAAGCAGGGAAAGCUGGGAGCUGCUGUGCUGGGCAACCAUACAACAAAAGAGUACAAGCUGCUUCUGUAUUUAAGCCAACAGAAACAAGUAACCUCUGCGAAGAUUCAUGUGGGCUUUGCUUUCACGGUACAGCAAAACAAUUAUUGCACUUUUUAUGAUGACCAGAGGCAGAACUGGUCCCUUAUGUUUGAGUCAGAGAAAUCAGCUUCAGACUUCUGCAAAGAGGUAUGUUUAGCAAAAGUGAACAGUGCUGCGAGUAUAGAUGUGGUGGUACUCCAGGAUCUCAGUCUUGGUGAGGGCCAGUCAGUGGAGAAUGGAGACUCUGUGGAGGUGGUGUACACGGGCUGGCUUUUGGAGAACCACACUUUUGGACAGAUGUUUGACUCCAACCAAAACAAAGACAAGUUGCUGCGACUGAAGAUUGGAGCUGGGAAAGUGAUCAGAGGCUGGGAGGAAGGGAUGCUGGGGAUGAAGAAGGCAGGCCGUCGUCUCAUUGUCAUCCCACCCGAUUUAGCUUACGGAUCUAAGGGUGUCCCUAACCGUGUCCCGGCUAACAGCACUCUUAUCUUUGAAGCAGAGCUUCGACGGGUCAAGUUCUCAAAGGACAGUGGCUCUGAUCGGGCAAGUGCUGGCUCCAGAGACUCUGCUGCUCCUUCCCCAGCACUCAGUAUUGAAAAUCUGGUCCCAGAGCACUCAGCACAGGCCCCCUCUUCAGGUUCAGGAAGACCAGGGGAGCCACCACUUCGUGCAAAGUCAAACUCUCUGAGUGAGCAGCUGGCUAAUCCAGAUGCUACUAAAGCCAAACUGAUUUCUCGGAUGGCAAAAAUGGGCCAGCCCAUGCUGCCGUUUCUAACAGGAGCGGCCAGCCAGCCUGAAUCCAGUGACUCUGAGCUUGAGGACACCAGUGGCAGCAGAGCAAAGGAUCAUCCCGUAGUUUCAUCUCCAGUGCCGAUCACCACUGCUCCUGCAGCUGCUGCACAUGUACAUCCUCAUCCUCAUGCUGCUCCAUCCUCCGCCUUACUUCCUGUUAUGAGCACUGUGACUGCACAGCCUGGACUGCCAACCAGCAGCCAUGCGUUCCAGACUCCUCUGGCUCCAUCUCCACUGCAGCCUGUGGGCCAGGUCUACCCUGCACCAGCUGUCCCAUACAUGGGCUCUGGGGAUGUAACUUCCUUCUUGAUGACUGAGGCCAGACAGCAUAAUACAGAGAUUCGCUUAGCUGUUGGAAAAGUAGGCGAUAAAGUGGAUCAGCUGGCUUCAAAGAUCGAUGAUCUUCAAAGGCAGGGGGGCCUUUCCACGGGUUUGUCUACUGUGUCGAUGGAAACCUCCAUGAUCUUGCACAAUAUCCAAAGAAUUGUUCAGGAAAAUGAGUGUUUAAAAAAAGAAGUGUUUGAGAAAAGUUCUCGCAUUGAGGAGCAAAACCGUAAGAUCGGAGAUCUCAUCAACCAGAACCAGAGGUACAUGGAGCAGAGUCACCUGAUGCUGGAACAGAGGAAUGACUCCCUCAAGUCGUCCAGUGAACAGAACCAGGCGAGACUGCUGCAGGCUGAGCAGGACAAACUGCAGUGCUGCUCUGAGGAAAAACUCCUAUUCACUGCUCUCUCUUCUCAGCAUCCUCUGCCUCUGGACCUGGGCUCUGGCCAGGUUCGUCUAACGGAGGACCUGGCUUCAGCGGCAGCGCGGGUGUCUCAGCUGCAGCUCGAAGCUUCAGCUCACCAGCAGAAGGCCGCGGAGCUGCAGGGUAAACUGAGCACAGCACUGCAGGACAGUGAGAACCGCUGCCAACGCGUCGCUGCCCUGGAAGCACAGCUGGAAGAGCUGAAGGAGGAGGCAGAGAGGAUUCAGACUCAGUACCGCUCAGAGAAACAAAGACGCAAAGAGACAGAGCUGAAAGUGAACACCAUGGAAGAGGAGCUGCAGGACCUGAAGACUGACAAGGAGAACCUAGAACGAGCACUUUCAGAAAGAAAGAAGAAAUGGCAGGUGGAGCGUCAGCGUCGGGAUGAGGAGGUGGAGGAGCUCCGCAAGAGCAGCCAGCAGGAGCUAGACAACCUCCGAGCUCAACUUCGCAAGGCCAGGACCAGCAGUGACAACGCUGCAUCAGAACAGCUGUCCCAGCUGCAGGCCGAGCUUGAGCAGGAAUGGAAGGGCAAGUGUUCCCAGAUGUUGGCUUCAGCUAAAGAGCAGCACAGCAGAGAGGUGGCUGAACUAACAGAGCAGAGAGAGGGUCUGCAGGACAAGUUAACCCAGCUGCAGGAAAAGUUUACAGCUCUGAAGCAACUGAGAGACUCAGAAGAACAUAGUCUGCUGCAGCAACACAAGCAUUAUGAGGAGUUGCACGCUCUUCAGGAAAAAUACACAGCCCUGGAGCAGCAGGGAGCAACUGUAAGACAGAAGCUGCAAAGACGAGUGGCAGAACUGGAGAGCAAACUGGAAGAGCAGGAGCAUUCCGGAGACACUGCAGCAGAGGUGAAGCGUGUGAUGAACGGCGUGUUCCACUCACUGCGAGGGGAGUUUGAUCUCACUGAAUCGUACACCGGCCAGGCUGUGCUGGGGGUGAUUGUCUCUACCAUUAAGAAUGUAACUCUGCAGCUCCUUAGUGCCAAAGGCGGGGCUGCAACAAGACCAAUUACAAAAGAGGAGGAAACAGCGGAGGAAGAGGAGAAAGAAGAGGUUGAAAAUGUGAAACAACAGGAAGAAGAACCUCACCAGAAUGUGCACAUAAAUGGAGAGACAGAGGUCAGAAAGGAAGAGGAGGAGGAGGAACAUGUGGCUGAUUCAGAUUCUCAUCAAGUCAGGGAGACUCGUAAGGAUCAGGAAGAAGCAGCUGAGGAGACGGUGUGUGAGUCAAACACAACUCAGGCAGAACAUUCAGAAAGCACAGAUAUCCAUCAAGUUUCAACGACUGAACUCGAAUCGAAAGAGAUGACAAUAACGGCAGCACCAGCAGCAGAGUGCGAGGUACAGGAGGAGGAGGGGCAGCAACCUGCUCCUGAAAGCUCUGCAGAAGAUAAAGACACCAGCAAGUCUAUGGAUCCAGAUGAGCGUUCACCUGAGGAUGGGCAAGAUGCUGUGUCAGAAAGAAAUGCUGCAGUGACCAGUGAGGCAUGCGUGGACAGCGUGGAAGAUGAUGGAGAGGAUGUAGGAGAAAAAAAUGCUGCUUCUCAUAAAGCCUUUGGACCCCCAUCCAACCCACCUCCACCACCGAGUGCGCUUCAGAACACCUCGGGAGAGAACACAAGUCUGACUGGGAGAAUUGAUGAGGAAAAUGGAGAGGAGCCAUUUUUCCAGAACACAACUCCUGCCAAUCCCCCCGCAGCACCCAGCGAGGAGGAAGAGGAAGAGGAGAUGAGCCUAAAGGGGCGUCCACCACCUGCUCCUCUGUUUGGUGAUGAUGAGGAUGAUGAUGAUCUGGACUGGAUGAACUGACAUGGAACCAGAACACUAUUAGUCUGCGUCUUUUAAUUUUCAAAGCUACAAACACUGCAAGGUGUACCAGCUGUGUCUCCACGGUAGAGCCGUGAAGGUGGAAGAGAAGCCUCUGCUGAUGGACUGAACAGAGGAUGGUCAGUCUAGCUCUGCAGCUCCGUGUGAUCCUGGUCAUUGAUCGGCUGCUGCAGACAAAGCAAAGCUUCAGUCUUGAAAGCCUGUAAUUAGAGGAAUCUAAUGAAAUACCUUUCUGUACUUGUUUAAUAACAGUUGAUGGUGCAAUCAGUUCAGUCCCAGAUUUUAACAUGGCAGUGUAGCAGAUUUGCUUGCAGGAAUAAAUGAUUUCAGACUGUACUCGCUAAGUUUUUAAUCACAGUUUUAAAAACUGAACUUUUACAUACUUUUGUUAAGCUCAUAUUAAUUUCAAAAAAUAAAUGAUCAGAGACACGUGGCCUUUAUUGACUCUCCUGGUUCAUUGUUGUGUGUUUUACAGUUUUACUGUUAAGUAACUGUGUAAGUUCAGUCCUGGCUAAUUCAGGAACAUUCACUGAAGUGAACAUCAUCCUUUUAUUUACAUAUAAAAACUAUUGAUUGGUUAUAAGUUAAAGCACAAAGCAUGAUUACCUCUUUAGUGGCAUGUCUGCCAAUGACCAGGAGAGGGAGCUCUAGACCAAAGGAAAGCUACACUGCUGCUGAGUAACAGAUGAAAGGUUUCAGUAAUUAGUGAAUUCAAUUCGAAUGUGAGAAAAGCCAAAAAUUCCUAGUUUUCCUUUUUCCUAGUUUUAGUUGGCGUGAAGUGAACCUUUAAUACAUUUAGUCUGUUAGGGGGUUAAUGUUAGCCUGUGGAGUGUUUUCAGUGGUCCAGUAUAGCAACUUACAUUUAAAUCUAGUACCUUUAAAUUCCAUAAAAAUAUGGAAAGAAAAAAAUAUACACACACACACGUAAACAUAUAUGUACAUAUAAAUGACUUCUGAGUAGUUCUUUCCAAUGGGAUAUAGCUGUCAAAUUUUCAUUGGCUCAUUGUUUUAAGUACAGUUAGUGACUUGGUAUUUUUUCAAGGCUAACAUUCUGAUUUGUCCCAGCAUAAAAAACAUGUGGGACUAAUAAACUGAAUCUAAAUUUUAUGUUGCAAGUCCUCAGAAAAAGCAUUUCUCAGCCUUGCUUUCCCAUGAAAUUUUAAGUAUCAGGCAAUUUACUCCAGGUCAGUUUUUGUUCACCAACUCAUACACCAACAGUUAUUUUGUAUCAAUUAAUGCUGAAAAUACCUUUAUUUACAUACACACAAAAAAAAAAAACCACAGUGUUUUUGUACACCAUAUUUGGUAAUUAAUGAAGUAAUGUAUAAUUUUACCUUCAUACUCGAAUAGGUGCUGUUUUACGAUCCAUUAUAUGAUUUUUAGCUUUAGAAUAUGACACUUGACAAGGCUGCAGUUUUAAACAGAUCUUAGAUCAGGGGUGUCAAACUCAAAUACACAGUGGGCCAAAAUUCAAAACUGGAACAAAGUCGCAGGCUAACAUUAAUAUUUAUUAAAAAAAAAAUCUUCCUCCAGAUAUAAGAAUGAAUCUUUUCUUAUGGACUCAAACAAGUUUUGCUGAAAAACUGAAUAUGGAACAAGCAAAGCUUAAUACUAAACAAUAUAUAUAUUAGCUGUAUAAUACCAGUAGGCCAGCUCUAAUAGUAAUUUGGUAUGGCUUCGUGGGCCAAAUGUAAUUAGGCUGCGGGCCAAAUUUGGCCCGCGGGUCAGAGUUUGACACCUAUGUCUUAGAUGUAUUUUUUUGGCCCUGGAAAAUUAAUCUGGGUCUCAAAGAUGAUGGCGAUAAUAAAGCGAAUAAAAGCACCAACAUUUAUCCACCCUGAUGCCCUCAGAGGGCCUGUAACUAAAUUUUCAUAGUAUGAUGGUACAAAAAUCACCUGAUCGUCUCAGACCUGAGAGGAUCAGGGAACUUUUUCCACUUUUUGUUUGAUUUUUCUAACGUAGCCACUCUCCAGGUAACUGUCUUUAAAACAGGCCAAGCUCCUACUGAUCCUCGGCAUCACUGCAACAUUUAUAGCUAAAGAGAACUUUUUUUUUUUUUUUUACUAUUUUCAGUAGUCUUUAUAAGAGUUGUCAUAAAAAAACAAAUAACUGCAUAUGGGAGAGAAGUUGGCCUUCAUGGCUUUCUGCCAGAUGGGGUCUUUUGAGAAAGUGGCAUUUAAACCCAAAACGUGAUCUUAAACCUAAACAAGUAUCUUUUGGUUCUUAAUCCUUACCAAACUGUGACUCAGAACUGAAAUUAAUGCAUGUGUUGAGACCAUAAUGUGUUAAAACACUGGCGGAUUAAUCCAGGGAAGUCGCCUCAACAUGUCACACCUUGGCAGAAAAUAUGCUCACUUUCGGUUGUAUAUUGCUUGUGUUGUCUAAAAAUUAAAAUUGCCAAUAACCUCU